GAGUCUGGGGACAUUUUCCACAGGCAGCAGUAAGUAGCAGUUAUUAGUUGCCAUUUACUGUAUUUGUCAAGUUUGAAAUGUUUACCAUCAAUAAAAAGAGUCAGGUGUUUAAUGUGUCCUCAAAUCUGUGUGGAGGGCAUCCACACCUGUACUGUCCACUCAGGACGGAUGUUAAAACCAGGUCUGAACAAGGCCUCAGUUACAUCCACAUGGCUGCUAGCAAGGCUGUCAACUCUUAAUCUUUCAUCACAUUUUUUUUUUUUGCUUUCUUAUUUUGCAUGCAUGGUGCCAGCACUUUUACUGUCCAUCUUAUCGUUUAAUUAAUGUCAGCUGACGCGUAGAUGACCAAGCUGAACAGAAUGUCCCUCGGCUGACUUUACAACAUGACUCAUUUGGUUCACUCAGGAGUAAAUACAUCAAACCGCAGCUGCUAACAGUUUUUCUGACUGAGGUAAUGCUGCGUGAUCCAUCGGGGACCGAGACCUCAAUCAGAAAAGAGUUAUGUAACACGAUUCCUUCAUCUAGAUAUCACCUUAUUUAAUCUUCAACACAGUUACACUCAGAUUGUUUGAACAUUUCGUGCAUGUUUUACAGGCCGCUUUCUGACUGAAUCUAGGAAACGUUUUAAAGAUUUUUAGGGCGCCUGUUCUGGCACACACGGGCUGUCAGGACAUGUUGUUUAAGAGAGAGACUCAGGAAAUACUGUUCAUAUAUACAUAUUUCCUCCAGACUGAACAUCAGACCAGUCGGAGCAUCACAGUCACAUGACAUCUGAAGGUGACCCUCUAACAAAGCUUUCAUUCUUAUUCUGCUUAUGUGAGUCGAUAAAGCUGCACGAAUCAAAUACAAACUUGAUAGUAAAAUUACGUAAGUGAGGCUGCAGCAGACCCCUACAUGUGUUGAAUUGAGAAAUCACUUUUUGAUUCAAGGUUUUUACUGAUAAACAGGAGACAAAAUUGCACAGUAUGUUUGUUUUAAACUACCCAGAUUUUGUACAAUUAAACAUGUGCAGCUAUGUUGUGCCCACACUGUUUACAUUCUCAUAAACAUGUCUAAUAUCUCCCCCGUGUCUCAGAGAAGUCUUUAUCUUUCUCUUUAAAAGAACUGUGGAGCCUCAGCUCAAGUUGUGCUUUCUAACAUUUACUUUCCACACUGAGGUUUAUUCCACAUUACUUGCACUCUGUAGUAUUCCUGACAUUUGAAGAACAACUGCAGACCAGAUUAGAAAGUCUUUCUUUAAUGGUCUUUCUUUCUUUCUUUUCCUCCCUCGUAGGAAUGUCACAUGUGGCAGAUGCUCCUCCCCUCUGCUCAAAGAUGGGUGAGGGGAAAAGGGGGUGAAGGGCCAUGAGGGAGAGAUGUGACUGAGGAAUAUGUAGACGAGGAGGAGGAGGAGGAGGAGGAGGAGGAGGAGGAGGGAGGUGUGUUGCUCUGCUGCUGCUGCUGCUGGAGAAAAUCCACUCCAGACAGAUGCAUUUCCUCCACUCCAGCACGACCAGAGGGCUGCUUUGAAACUUCCAGCCCACAACAUUUUCUCCCUCUCUCCACGCUGACUCGCCAUCAGAGAGGAGGAAGCUCUCUAGACUUCCACAGGCUCAUCCUUUUGUUCUCUCCAGCUCACAUCCCUUUCAUGUCUUCUAUUUAAGGACCUCAAAGUCUGGUGACACGGCUGCAUCUGUGCAUCUGCAGGUCAGAUGUUAGUAUUUAGCUCAUUUUACAGCUAGUUUCUUGGAGUACGUCUGCUUUGCCUCAUCCUCGUCAGCAUUUCCAGUUGAGACAUGAGGCCUGAGGUGCUGGUCGUCUGGGUGGGUUUGACCCUGUGCUGCGCUCUGGUCUGCGCUCGAGAAGAUGUGAAGGAGGACAAACUCUCCAGAGGUCGGAUUCAGGUGAGAGAAACCAGAGGACUGGUCGAGGACAGGAGACGGGAGGAGGAGAGGGAUGUUGAAAUGUCAGAUGAGCCUGCUGGAGGGGUGGAGGAGACAAAACCAAAGAAGAAGAAAACACCUGAGGAGAUUGAGGCAGCCAAGGCAAAGAAAGCAGCAGAGAAGGAGGCCAAAGCAAAGAAGCAGAAAGCCCCUAAGCCCACCAAAAAGCCAAAACCUCCGAAACCCACUAAGAAACCCAAAGCACCAAAACCCACAAAGAAGCCCAAGGCUCCCAAAGCCACCAAGAAACCAAAGGUAGUGACCACAACGCAGCCAGAGCCAAGGCAUCCUUCUCUGGAAGAGGAAGAGGAGAGGCUGCUGCUGGAACUGGGCUGGGAAACAUUAAUUAGACCUGCGACCCCAAAGCUGCCUGUAGUGGAGGAGCCCGUUGAGCCCGUGGAGCCCAUUGAACCAGGAUUGGAUGAGGUGCCUGGUAGACGACAUGGUAAGAAAGAAGACACAACUACUGAGGUCAUCAUGUAUAUACCAGAGGAAACCACCACUGUCCCUUUUGUCGGCCCCUGGUAUGAAGAGUAUGAUUACGCCGACUUGGCAGCUAAGAGACAGGAGGAAGAGGAGGAGAGAGCUCGAAAAGAAAAAGCAGAAAAAGCUGAGCGGCUGAGGAAGCAGUGGGAGGAGGAGGAGGAGGAGCGACUGAGGCAGAUCGCAGCGCCUGCUGAGCCGAAAAAGUGUCCUCCUCUUGGCUUGGAGUCUCACCGGGUGGAAGACGACCAGCUGCUGGCUUCCUCUCAGUCUCACCACGGCUUCUCGGCUCAGCGGGGGCGACUCAACAUGCAGGGCUCUGGGAAUGACGAGGAUCUGUACGGCGGCGCGUGGUGCGCAGAGCCGGAGGAGACCAUCCACUGGUUCGAGGUGGAUGCCCGUCGAGAGGUGGAGUUCACUGGGGUCAUCACUCAGGGAAGAAACUCGGAGCAAUUUGAGGAUUUCGUGUCGUCCUACUUUGUGGCCUUCAGUAACGACAGUCGAGAUUGGACCACACUGCAUGAUGGCUACGCUGAAUGGUUGUUCUACGGGAAUGUGGACAAAGACACACCGGUGAUGAGUCAGUUCACGCCGCCCGUGGUGGCGCGCUACAUUCGCAUCCUUCCCCAGAGCUGGAACGGCAGCUUGUGUCUUCGAGCUGAGAUCCUCGCCUGUCAACUUCCCAGCAGCUACCGCAGUGAGAAUGAAGUCGAUCCAACAGAUGAUCUGGACUUCAGACACCACAACUACAAGGAGAUGAGACAGAUGAUGAAGGUGAUAAAUGAAGAGUGUCCCAACAUCACCAGGAUCUACAACAUCGGUAAAAGCUCACAGGGCCUGAAGAUGUACGCCAUGGAAAUCUCAGACAACCCCGGAGAACAUGAGACAGGUGAACCGGAGUUUCGGUACACAGCUGGUCUCCAUGGUAACGAGGCGCUGGGCCGAGAGCUCCUUCUCCUGCUGAUGCAGUUUCUGUGCAAGGAGUACAACGACGAGAACCCCAGAGUGCGCCGCCUGGUGGACGGAGUGAGAAUACACCUGGUGCCUUCGCUCAACCCCGACGCCUAUGAGCUGGCGUACGAGAUGGGUUCGGAGAUGGGGAACUGGGCUCUGGGCCACUGGACUGAAGAAGGUUACGACAUCUUCCAGAACUUCCCCGACCUCAACAGCAUCUUGUGGGGAGCCGAGGACAGAGGCUGGGUCCCUCGUUUGGUGCCCAACCAUCACAUCCCCCUCCCAGAAAACUCCCUCAAUGGCUCUCUCGCUGCGGAGACAAAAGCCAUCAUUUCCUGGAUGGAGCGCAACCCAUUUGUGCUGGGAGCUAAUCUGCAAGGAGGAGAGAAACUGGUCGCUUACCCUUUUGACAUGCAGCGUCCACCAGUGUCUUUGAGCGACAGCCGGCGGUGGAGAGGAAACGCCGAGAUGAACGAGGAGACGUGGGCUCGCAUCCAGCGGCAGAACGAAGGAGCUCUGAGGGAGACGCCCGAUGACGCCAUGUUUCGAUGGUUGGCGAUGUCAUACGCUCACAGUCAUCUGUCCAUGACGGAGACCUACCGGGGCUCCUGCCAUGGUGAUGAUGUCACUGCGGGACAGGGCAUCGCCAACAGAGCCAGCUGGAAGCCAGUGGUGGGCAGUAUGAAUGACUUCAGCUACCUGCACACCAACUGCUUCGAGCUGUCCAUCUUCCUGGGCUGUGACAAGUUUCCACAUGAAAGUGAACUUCCUCUCGAGUGGGAGAGCAACCGCGAGGCUCUGCUGUCCUUCAUCGAACAAGUACAUCGAGGGAUAAAGGGCGUAGUGAGAGACGUGGAGGGAACCCCGCUGCCCAACGCCACCAUAACUGUGGAGGGAAUACGGCAUGAUGUCAAAACUGCGCUCGGUGGUGAUUACUGGCGGCUGUUGAAUCCCGGAGAGUACAGGGUGACCGCCAAAGCCGACGGCUACACGCCUCAGACCAGGCUGUGCAUGGUGGGCUACGACUCUGGAGCCACUCCCUGCAGCUUCACGCUGGCCAAAUCCAACUGGGACCGCAUCAAACAAAUCAUGGCGCUCAACGGCAAGAGGCCCAUUCGACUGGUCACCAAGGUGAACCCGGUGAGAACGACUACGGCCAGCACCGUCGUCAGCACCACGGACGGCCACGCCAGCGCUCAGAACGCCGAGCGACUCAGGCGGCUGAGGAUCAUGCGUCUGCGCAGGCUGAGGCAGCAGAGAUUACGGGCCGGUCUUAUUACGACUACUGCAACCACAACGACGACAACCACCACCACAACAACGACGACAACGACAAGAGCCCCCACGACAAUACCUGAAACAGAGAAAACCACCUCCUGGUACGACUCCUGGUUUCCUGUGGACAGCUGGUCCACUGAGAACCCGUUCGAUAGCUUUGACUCGGUGCCCACACAGGACUACCCCUUCGAAUACACCAUCGAUUGAUCCGAUUCCACAUCUAUGUAACACAACAACCCUACUAACCACUUCAGUUUUGCUGCAACAUCACAGUUUUAAAAACACACAACACAUUGAUUGUUAAUUAUUUAGUUUUCACUUUUUUGUCAGGUGAACAAUGAGUGGAGACGAAAGUGAUUUCAAGGGAACGUCCUCGAGAAUUCGUUUCUCUGGAAUAGGAAGCUUCUGCUGAGCAGAGACGAUACAGCACAAGUUUAACGUUCAAUAAAACAUUUACAGUACGAACGAGAUAGGAUUAUAUACUUCUCCAUUAGACCUGUAUGUAUAUCUUUACGUUUCUGUAAUGUCCUCACGGUGUGAUUGCUGGCUUCCAUUAAAAUGCAGAGCGCAUUCGAUUAAAAUGAAGUUUGUUUUCUAAAUAA